AUGUCUUUUAAGUGUAAACAGUGUGCCAAUUGUUUUAGCCGAGCUCGACACCUAAGGAGUCAUGAGAGAGGAAAAGCCUAUGAAUGUAAACAGUGUGGCAAGUGUUUUAGGCAAUCAGGAGACCUCAGGAGACAUGAAAGAGUUCACUCUGGGGAAAAGCCUUAUGACUGUAAACAGUGUGGCAAGUGUUUUAGCCAAGCAAGAGAUCUAAGGAGACAUGAAAGAGUUCACUCUGGGGAAAAGCCUUAUGACUGUAAACAGUGUGGCAAGUGUUUUAGCCAAGCAGAACACCUAAGGAUUCAUGAGAGAUUUCACAGUGGGGAAAAGCCUUAUGAAUGUAAACAGUGUGGCAAGUGUUUUAGUGAAGCAGGAGACAUAAGGAGACAUGAAAGAGUUCACUCUGGGGAAAAGCCUUAUGAAUGUAAACAGUGUGGCAAGUGCUUUACUCUCUUGUCAAACUUAGGGAGACAUGAAACAAUUCACACUGGGGAAAAGCCCUAUGAAUGUAAACAAUGUGGCAAGUGUUUUAGCCUCAUAGGAAACCUAAGGAUUCACGAAAGAGUUCACACUGGGGAAAAGCCUUAUGAAUGUAAACAAUGUGGCAAGUGUUUUAGCCUCAUAGGAAACCUAAGGGUUCAUGGAAGAGUUCACACUGGGGAAAAGCCUUUUGAAUGUAAACAGUGUGGCAAGUGUUUUAGCCGAGCAGGAGUUCUAAAGAUUCAUGAAAGAGUUCACACUGGGGAAAAGCCUUUUGAAUGUAAACAGUGUGGCAAGUGUUUUAGCCGAGCAGGAGACCUAAGGAUUCAUGAAAGGGUUCACACUGGGGAAACGCCUUUUAAAUGUAAACAUUGUGGCAAGUGUUUCACUCAUCUAAGAGUUUUUAAGAGGCAUGAAGAAGUCCACAUUAGAAAAAUGUUGCAGAAAUGUGACAGUAGCAAAGGUCCAUUUAAACGUGUGCUUCGUAAUCGUAAGAGAGCAGGAAGUAAUAUAAGGGCAGGAUUGACCAACAGCACACUGUCACAGAGAGAGACUAGAAACAGUAGUAUAAAAGACCAACAACUGGACGUUACUGAGAAACACAGCUGUUGGAUUUGUCAAGAGGAGAUGAGAAGUGAAUCUCUUCUUCUUCAACAUUAUGAAAACCAUGUGAGGCAUGUAGCUGAAGAUGGCUUGUAAAGACUUCCGUCUUAAGCUUUUGUUAAGUCUUGUUUCUGUUUUUUUUAGGUUUUGUCUUUUAACUGUAAGAUGCAGUAAGGAUGACUUCGUUUGUUGUUAGAUCAAUCGUUCCAGGGAAGAUUAAUCUGUUUUGUUUAAAAAUUCAACUCUUUUUUCUGUCGGGCGGGUUUGUAAAUAGAUAUUGAUAAGUAGACAUUGCGUUUUCUGAAAAUGGACAGAGCAGUUCUUUGUUGAUCGUUUUCUUUUAUAUAAAGAAAAUGAAGGAAUUUAAUGCUGAAGGUCCCUUUUCUACAGAUGUUCCCGCUAUGCAUUUUAAUAGUUCUUGCAAUAAUUAAGAAAUAGUUUGUUCUUCGCUCUGCCUGGCCUCUGUGCGACAAAAAGAAGCCUCUGCACCAUAAGUGACCUGCAAAUUCUCCCGACUGUUCUAUAUACAUUUUCUUCGAUAAUUAGUCGGAAGAAUUUGAUAAAAGAUCAAUGCAUUUCCCCUUUAAUGGUAAUUUAACGAGUUCUCGUAAGCUUUUCCCCUGAUUAUGUACUAAUUUUCUCUGGAGAAGAUUUAUGUUGCUCACUCUUGUGACUUAAAGGGUUAUAUUAAUUUAAACCCAAUGGUUUAUUUGUAUUAUCGCGCAUUUCCCUGGUCCCUCAAAUUUACACACUCAGGUCGUUCAGUGAAAUAAGAAGCAUGAACGUCACGCGAAGUUUCGAGUUAUUUUUUCGGUGGCUUUCGUUUAGACCCAACUUUACAACCUUUGCUUUACAUCCGUCAAGUUUCUCUAAAUUUAACGCGGUAAAACGGCAAUAAGGGAUCCAUUUUUUUUUUCAAUUAACCCAGUCGCUUAGAAGGGUGACCUGCCUUUAAUAAUAGAAAAAAAAAACUCAGUUGCCCAAAAUUAGGGAUUGGGGGGUGGGGGUAUCGUCCCCCGGCCCGUACGCCUAUGUGCUCAUAUUAAAGCGAAGUUAUCCUUCUAAGUAAAUUUGUUCAUUUUAAAAAAAGACACCGGUCAGUAAGAAAUUUUCGUUUCUAGACAAGGUCUGAUUGAGGUAUAUCUAUUCCCGACUUUAAAACGGCCUCAAAAGACCAAAAUAUGGGAUUCAAAAAUUUUGAUCCUGAUCCCAGAAUUGUUGCAAACCUUGAUCCCCGAUUAACUGCGUAUACUUGACAAAAACUGGAUGAAAUACUAAAUUAAGUGUCUCACUUCCAUUUAUUUUAUUUUAGUCACACUAGGGCCAUUUAAACGAGGAAAAAUAGGGCGAUCCGGUACCUACUUGAAAGAUUGUUUUUGAUUAGCUGGCAAAACAAUAGGUAUUGUCACAUAACAAUGCCCCUAUCCCUGAAAACAUUAAAGGGGACCACUGAAAUGAGAGGUUUAGAACGGUGCAGGUCUGCUGAAAAAAUAAGACUAUGCCGUAUAAACGACACAUUAAGACGCGACUUAGCAAAGACACGUCUUAUCGAAGAACAGGUGUUAGGGGCUGUUCUUAGAUAAGACGCCGCGUCUUAGCUAAAUUUGAAGAAAAAGGUGCCGUUUAUAUGGGAUAGUUUGAUUCUUAUCUAGGACGCGUCCUAUGUAAGACGUACGGUGGCCCAUAGAGGACACGCUACCUACAUUUUUAUAUCGCGCGAUAAAUUCAAAUUAUCGCGCGAUAAUUUGAAUUUAUUGCGCGAUAUUUUCGAUUUAUCGCGCGAUAUGAUAGAUAGAUGCUUUAUUGUCUUAAUACCUUGCAGCCAUAGGCUGAAUUACGAAAGACAUUACAAUAAAAGGACAUUACAAUAAAGACAUUACAAUAAAAAAAAAAGUAUAUAAAAUAUAACAAUAAAAAGGUAAAAAGUAUAAAAUUGCUACUAUAACUAACUAAUUAAACACUACUAAGCGCAGAAAACGUGACUAAAAAUGAUAGAUUUUUUGCAUCGAUUGGUCUCGCACAAAGGUAAGGCAAAGUUCCGAUUCCUCCUUAAAAGUAAUUUGCUGGAUUCUUGGAAGGAAGGAGUUUGUGAAGAGUGUGCCCGGGGUCAUCCACGACUUCAUUGAAGAGCUUUGAUGAAAUCUCUUCUCUCCUUUUAAAGAGGGUUGGCAAACCUGAAAAUUCUAGGGCCUGAUUGUAUGACAUACCGGGGUAAAUAAUUCGCAAUGCACGUUUUUGCAGUCUCUCCAGGUCCUCGCUGAGGUAACCCGGGAGGGCGCGAUGGAACACGGGACAUGCAUAUUCGAGAAGAGAACGAAUGCAUGUGAUGUAAAAAAGUAUUAACUCCGCAGGCAUAAUCUGUGAUCUCUUUAGUUGUCUCAAGAAGUACAACCGACAGGAGGCCUUCUUCACUAGUUCUAAUACAUGAACGUUCCAUUUUAAGUCAUUGCUAAUGUUCAGGCCAAGCAAUUUAGCACUGGUCACCUCCUCAAGGGGCUUUCCGUUAAGCAAUAUAGGAUUAAAGGUCGAAUUGUUGUUCAAUAUAGAAAUGUAGUAGCGUGUUCUCAAUGGGCCACUGCAAAGACGCGUCUUAUUUUCCUCGUUUAAACGGCCCUAUUAGUUACUGACUGGAGAAUUAAGUUUGGCUCCCGUCUUUAUUUUCGAGUUAUUAUUUCUAUCAUAAUGCGUUCCACUUAAGAGCUCUAAUAAUAAUAUAUCGUUUUUUGCUCUGUUCGUGUCAUUUAAGCCUUCCUUUUAAAAUUUGAUCAAUUUCAUGUAACUACGGCAACUUAGCAGCAACAACAGAAGCAAAGCAAAUUUUGAUGGAGUAUAAAACUCUAGGAUAAAAAGCGUUUGCUCUAGCUGGCUUUGUUUCAGUCGCCGCAUAGCUAAGUUUAGGAGUACCUCUAGUCAUAAAUCACUAUCUGACUGUCAUACAAGUGUAGGUUUUGAUAAAAUCUAGUUGGGUUACCGCUCGGCAUAAUAUAGUGAGCUGUUCCCGGGGGGUACUCCCCUAGAAAAUUAAAUUGACGGGGUUGCUCGUCGAAAAAUUUCGAGAACACCCUUAAAAGGUACCAGAAUCUUGUUUAAUGGGCCUGUCCCAAAUUCAUUUCCACCUCUAUAAGGUAGCAAUUCAACAACAACAAAUUAUAUUAUCUUUAUCCUAAUUAUAAUAAAGCAUAUUAUUUCUAACAGAAUUCGUAACAACUCUGGCAGCAGUCAUUUUAAGUUUUAGCACCCUAAGCGGUACCAAUCCACCAAUUUAAACCCCUAAAAGGUACGACAAGCAUCCCCGUCAAUUUUAUAGGGGAGUACCCCCCCCCCCCUCCCAGGGGGAGCAGUGUACCAGCUCUCAGCGGAUCCGGUUAGCUUGAAUCUAAAAAACGGGUUUCCUACAACGGUGUAAAUGCGCGUAACGAGGGUAUCAAUCCCAGAGCGAGAAUUUUUUUUCCAGAAUCCAUCUUUGGCAGUCAAAGACUUUGACCAAUUCCGGUAGCUCAGUCACUUUAGUGUAUAUCAGAUCUCCAACAAAAUGAGUCAACAGGUCAACCAGCAGAGUCAUUAAUGUGCCAAUAAGGCAAUAAAGAUAAAUAUCUCUCAAUUUAAGGAAAGUACCAGGGUUUUGUAGUCCAGCAGAUCGGAUUGCGUGCGGUUUGGUACCCGCUUGAAAUGUUUCAACGUUAAAAUUCUACAGAACUGAAUUUUAAAACGUUUGCAGAGCAUUUCAGAAUUUGAAGAAUUUUGUGGUCUUUGUUGUUCUGUCGGAAAACCCGUAAACCAUCCCUUAACUCCUUAAAACACUUCUUAUCCUGUUCCUACGGCUUCUGAUCCCACAUCUCGUCGCUGUAUUCCCUGAUCACAACCUAAUUUUUACUGUUGACCCCUGAUCCUAUAUACCUCGUUACGACCUUGUUUUAGCGGGAGAGUCUUGUAACUUAGGAAAAAGGGAACAUCUGUAAGAACGAGGUGGCUGUAAUAAGCGGGUGUCCGUUGACAAAGCCGGGUUCAACUGCACACUGUACAAAUGUUUGCGUUAAGGAGAUAUUUCAUUAACCCAGGUGUCUACUGUUCUCACUACGCUUUUCCUUCCUUUUGGGAUGACGCAACUUCUGGAAAAGGUCAUGCACGUUAGACGUGCCUGUGUUUACGGUUGGGGGACUAAGUACUCCUUCCUGGGUAACUGCUUCAUGUACGGGGGGCAUUGAUACAAGCAAAAUGGCAGCCAACAGAGUUAGAUCUCGUCAGGGGAUCUUGUGGACUGAUCACAAGCGCUGAAACCUCAUUUAAAAAGGUAAGAAAAGGUUUUCAGUACAUGAUAUAUCAUCUUAGAAUGAAUUCAGUGACAGGAUUGAUCGACAAUAAAGAAAGCACAAUAUUUUAGAAGCUCAUUAAUGAUCGCUUCCCUGGCGGGCAAUAAUUUGUAGCUUGUGCGUAGACACAGGCCGCAGAGGAGUUUAUAUUUUAAUUUGUGACCUUGAUUGCCGUUAAAAUUUACAGUUGAAAGCGCCAGUCGCCUUAGUUUAUGCAGGUGUCAAUGUCUGGAAAGAGAAGGGAGCAGCGGGUACGGUACGGCAAUUCUAAUCUCUUGUGAGGAAAUCGUUAGAAAUCGAAGACAGAAAAAAAAUUAUCGAUUAUUAUUGAUUAACAAAAUCGAUAACAAUCAAUAAGAAUCGAUAGUAAUCCAUAAGCUUUAGCUUAACACAUUUUAUUUUUGAUGACUUCAGCAACUAUUCUAGUUGUGCACAGUCUUUAUAACAUUCCAAUUUUUUUCCUUUGCGUUUCCUGGUUUGUUUUAAAUACAAUGUAGAUCUUUAAAUGUCCAUUUAAUCCAGACAUAGUUUUUUCUUAUUGCGACUCAUUGAAAUUAUAAGAACACUGAUUUUGUUUUUAAAUUUUGCUCCAUAUUAUGGAUGGAUUAUUAUGGAGUGGCUUCAGCGACAAAGAGUCUGUCACUUUUGCAGUAAUAUUUCUCUCCUUUUAAUGGAUUGCACUUAAGCUUAAAAAUCAAAACAAAGAGCAAUUUGUUCCUGUUAGUGUUUUCUUCUUUUAGUUUUGUAUUCAUUAAAAUAACUGGAUAAUAUCACAACUGAAUGACCCAAUAAUACCGUACGGACAACAUCCUGUAAGUGUUAAACUUCUACCGAAUAAUGACUUAAAACUUUUCCAAUAAUAAUCGAUAGUAAUCAAUAACAAUCCAUAAGAAAAUUUCUGUUGAUUGAUAUUGGAAGUCAAUAUUCAUUCAUCAAUGAUUGAUAUCAAUUACUAUCAGUGAUUAUCAAUUAUCGGCUUAUAAAUUAACUACAGGUGGAAUACUACACCAAUACACUGAAACCUGCUUUACUGUAGAAUUGAAUAUUAACUUAACCAACUAAAUUGGCUUGCAGUUGUGUUACAAAAUUGGUAAAUAUUAGCCUCUGCUCAGCAGGAGAAAAUAUCAGCCACAAGGCAAUGCAUUUAAAAAGUUAAGCUUUCUGGGCCAGUGCCAGGAGGAAAAAGAGACAAGGGUUUCAACUAAAUGCCAUGUGAAUUGAUCAAUGUGAACUGUAAAUGUAGCUUACUGGUGCCAGAAACGUAAGUCAGGGUUAACUGUCACUCUGAGCAUAACAGGAAUCAUGAUGUUCACAGACUAGAAAACUUCAUGUACUUUAAUAUUCAGAUCUAUGUGUUUUGAAGAAAACUAAAAAAUUCAAUCUCUCUUAGCCGCAAUUAAAAGUCAAAACACUUUAAAGUUGGUGCUUGCAGAAACAUAAAGCUCAGGAAAAACUAUUUUAUCAAGACUUAUUUCAUGACCUCUUAUUUGAGACUAGCAGCAAAAAUAAGAUUGCACAUUUAAAGUUUAGAAUGCUCCAUGUACCGUAUAAUCUAUUCAUGAGAAAGAUGCCAAAAAAAUAAUGGCAGGUAACAAUUAUUUUGAAAGGCCUGCCAAACAAAUGUCAUAUUUUUUUCACCAUUACGAACCCUCUUAUUUACCACUGAUUUGGAAUUUAAGAGGUGAGACUUUGAGUUACAGGGUUUGUACAGAGUCUUGAAUCCUUGAAAAAGUCUUGUAAUUUUGCCCACUAAUUUGGUAUUCACUAAAUAUGGUAAAAAAGUCUUAAAUUUUUAUUCAAAGCUAUAAUAAGUGCUUCACAUCUGAUUUUUUUUUCAUUUUGGUCAUGGUCUUUUUUCUGCUGCAUGUUUGCAUUGCAUCAAGACUAAAGCUUUGUUCCUGCUUUUUUAAGGUCUGUGUUGAUCAUCUGGGAAAAGAAAUUAUUGUUUUGGAAUAAAGUCUGGAAAAAGUCUUGAAUUUUGGAUUCAAACCUCUGUUUAAACUCUGGAGUCACCAAGUGCUUUAAAAGCAUAAUGUAGGAAAGGGAGUGAUUGUUUAGUAUGUCCCAGAGGGGUGUAGGGGUUUUCUGAAUAUGAUGUAGAACCUUGCACUUCACUCCCCCUCCCCCCCCCAAAAAAAAAAUUCAUGUGAAAAUUGCAACCCCCCGGGCAAUAAUAACUUUUGAAAUGUGCCCCUUCCCCCACCUCUCUCAGACAAAGUUUUAAGAUAUUCAUUCCAUUAUACUCUCGUUUAUUGAUAUUUUAAAAAGCUAUUGGAUACCUGUAGUCUUUUUUAUAAGUAAAUACAUGUAUAUUGCAGUUCUAGGUCGUAUCAUCCAAUAUAACAGCUAGUUAAUUUAAUAAUGAUGCAUGUAAGGUUUAGGCAUCUCUCAACUAGCAUUAGAUUAGGAGUGAAAUUCAAGAAAGGUAGCAAAGGUCCAUUUAAAUGUGUGCUUUGUAAUCGUAAGAGAGCAGGAAGUAAUAUAAGGGCAGGAUUGCACACUGUCUCAGAAAGGGACUGGAAACAGUGAUGUGGAAGGCCAGCGAUCAGCCAUCAUUAACCCUUUAAGUCCCAAUAGUGACUCACAGCCAAUUUCUCCCAACAAUAACACUGCCUGAUCAAACAGACAGAUCAUGAGAAUUAAUGAAAUGAUAAACCAAAGAUGAAAUGUUGUGAUGUUAAAAAAAAAAAUCUCUCAAGCAGUACCAUAUGAAGAACAGUGUGGAGAAGGUGCACGUUGAUGCUGGGGCUUAAAGGGUUUAUAGGAAGCAUAGCUGUUGGAUUUGUCAAGAGGAGAUAAGUAGUGAAUCACUUCUUCUUCAUCAUUAUGAAAACCAUAUGAGGCAUGUAGCUGUAGAUGGCUUCUAAAGUUGACAAAUACAAAUCUUGGGGGAGGAGGCCCCCUAAAAUCUUAGGAAUCUGGAUGGGAGGGCACAAGAGAAAUAGAGAAAAUUGUGUAACUGGGGAGGACAGGUUUCAACAUCGGCUGUAUUACUGGAAGCAGAGAUAUACUCAAUCUUGGUUUGGUUGGAGUAAAUGUUAAUUGAGUGCCCUGGCUCUGAAAAAGGAUAUGGCUUUUUUAGAUGGGGUUCCUGUUCCUGUUUGUUAGGGUAGCCAAAGUUGUUUAAGUGUUGUGUUCACCCAAUUUGAUCAUUCUUUAUGUCUGUAAUGAUUAAAUUAAGCUCCUUGGAUGCUCAUUUUUGUUUGGUACAUCAAGGGAGGGCCCUUAUUCGAGACAGGGUGCUUAUUUCUUCUUUUAGAAACAACUGAACGCUUAAAACAAAACUUGAGAGCAAAUAUAGUAGAUUGAAAAAACGUUGUCACUUGAAAAGCAUAAACCAUGAAUGAUGGGACCUAAUGGAUUUAUGGGUAGAACUUUAUUAGCAUUGUAAAUUUACAGUUAUUUUCAGAAAGGUUUACAUUAUCAAAGCUUUUCAUGACAAUGCAUUCCAAUAAACAUCGAAUGGUUUCCAGUUUUUUCGGCUAUAGGCUCACAACUUCACCUGUGCUGGACACAUAAGAGAUGUACAGUUAAACAACAUAGCCAUAUCACUAACGCACAUUUGAAAAUUAACAUAUAGGACCUAUAAGCUCUCGUUGAAGACAAUAAACGACAACGGCGUGCCUUAAACAAGGUACUUUAGAGAUUUGCAUCAGCUCGCUCAAGCAGCUCGUGACAAUGUAAACUUUUGUCGAAGGAACUUUGAAUUUACUUUUCUAAUGAAUGUAUAUCCAUAAAUCCUUAAAGCUUCAUCGUUCAUGGAUUAUACUUUUUAGUGACAACGUUUUUUCAAUCAGGUAUAUAUUUUAAGGAUUGCGUGCAGCUAUUUUGAGAAAGGUUGUUGGAAAAAAUGUGCACGCGACAAUCCCGAAAGGUAAUAUGGGAUAUGAUUAAUAACCUGUUCCUGACAUUGUAGCUAUCGAACUUACUAUUGUUUCUUUCCUUUAGCAAUUACAAACAUAAGUCCAUGGCCUCUCGUGCCACUCUUGCAAAUUUCUUUGAAGAACAGUGAACUCAAAACCACCCACAAUACCUUUCGGCACUGUCGAGUGCACUUUUUCCGACAACCUUUCUCGAAACAGCUGUAUAUCCCAUGAUAGUCCCUGUUUCAUCUAGCCUAAUUAAGUGGUUUUUGAAAGUAAAAAGGGUGUAAAGGAAACUGUGGUCCAUGUCUUUAAAGUGGAAACAGUGUGUGAAGGGUUUCAGUUUAAUAUUACAGCUUGAGGUCUCUGCUUUGUUGCUGGCAAAAAAACGGCCAUCUCGAUUUUUUGUGUACUUUUAAAGGAAAUGUGGACUUGCUUCAAAUUAAUGUAAUAUGGUUUUUGUAAUUUUUACAUAGAGUAUUGUAUGUUAAUCCUGUUCUUUGGGAUGUAAUAAACAAUUGCUCCUCCAAGACUAAACUUCCCUUCAAAAAAUUCAGGGUCUGCUAAUACCCAUGUCCAAUUGUCCAGGACAGGUAGAAAUUUAGUUCAGACAUGUAAACCUUUGACAUAACUUGUCUGUCAAACAAUAAUUUACAUUAUUAAAUAAAAAAUACAGAAAUAGUUAAAGAUGGACUUCAAGUUACAGUAGAAUUAAAAUUUAUCUUAUAGUCAUAAAAGCAAACCUCAUACUUCUCAAAAUAAGGGUAAAUAAAAGUAAUAUUAUAUUACUUUUAUAUCGCAGCCAUGUCAUUUGUUUUUGCAUGAGCUUCAUUUGGCUUAGGAACCUGGCAAAACAUUUUGGAGAAGAACUGUUGGGUUUUGGACAACAAAAUUUAAUAUGGUGCUUGUCCAAGGAACAAGUGGAUAAGAAUUUUUUUUUUCUUACUCUACUUCCCACUCACAAAAAAAAUAUUUGGUAUUCACCAUGAAAAAAACUUAAUAAUUACAACACCCACAAUUUCUGUUGCGUAAACGACACUGAGGUGCACAAUGCAAAUUAAAAAAGAACUUUGCUUGGGCUGAAUACAACCAAACCCAUCUUCAUGUAAUUUAUUUCUUGUGUCUAUAUCUUUGCCAUGCAAGAUUUGCCUACUUUGGGGGGUAACCCCAUGAUGGGGGAUGGGGUGGCAGCUGCAAUUGACUGAUACCUAACCUUGUAUCAGCAAAAUUAAUAGAUUUAAAGGAUUGUAUAUAUCCCAUGGUAGUACCUCUUAACUCUAUCUUAAUUAAGUUGUUUUUUUUUAAUUGACUAAUAAUGUCUUAUUCUAUGUUGAAAGGGUGUAAAGGAAACUGUGGUCCAUGUCUUCAAAGCGUAUUAGUCUAGCAGGAGACGUAAGAAGGCAUGGAAAAGUCUGCACUGGGGAAAAGCCUUAUGAAUGUAAACAGUGUGGCAAGUGUUUUAGUCAAGCAGGAAGCCUUAGUACACAUGGAAGAGUUCAUACUGGGGAAAAGCCUUAUGAAUGUAAACAAUGUGGCAAGUGUUUUAGCCAAGCAGGAAGCCUUAAGAGUCACAAAAGAGUUCACACUGGAGAAAAGCCUUAUGAAUGUGAACAGUGUGGCAAGUGGUUUAAACAUUCAACUGCCCUAGGGAUUCAUAAACGAGUUCACACUGGUAAAAAGCCAUAUGAAUGUAAACAGUGUGGCAAGUGUUUUAGUCAAAAAGUACACCUAAGAUGUCAUGAAAGGGUUCACACUGGGGAAAAGCCUUAUGAAUGUGAACAGUGUGGCAAGUGGUUUAAACAUUCAACUGCCCUAGGGAUUCAUAAACGAGUUCACACUGGUAAAAAGCCAUAUGAAUGUAAACAGUGUGGCAAGUGUUUUAGUCAAACAGCACACCUAAGAUGUCAUGAAAGGGUUCACACUGGGGAAAAGCCUUAUGAAUGUAAACAAUGUGGCCAGUGUUUUAGCCGAGCAGGACACCUAAGGCAGCAUGAAAGAGUUCACACUGGGCAAAAACCUUACGAGUGUAAAAAGUGUGGAAAGUCUUUUAGCCGAACAUAUCAUCUAAGGAGACAUGAAAGA